AUGGCAUUUAUCUCCAUAGCCAAAUCGAAAACAGAUAUCUCGGAAGACAAAGCCUUGCAGGACAACUUAAAAAUGAAUAUGCUGCAAGAGCAAUGGACGGAGUUGCGAGGAGCAAUCAGGAAACACGUACCAUACCAUUUAAUGCAUGUUACUUGUUUAGAUGUUACCCAGUUCGAUUGUGCUAUUGUGUCCAAUGAGGUCGAGGAGGUGCUGACUUCAAUAAGAACUGAUCAAUUAAGUUUGAAGUACGAAAGCCGUGUGGAAGCCCAAAAAAUACUCGGUCGAAUCUCAUAUAACCCUGGAGCUACCCUAUACAUGCAUGAGUUGUCGUUUAACGAGGCUUCAGAACCUCUCAUCCCUCCUGGGCACCUACUCAACGUCAAGGAUAUCUGGUUCUGUGGUGAUAUCCUGCCAGCCGACUUCAUUACCCUAUUAUCCUCAGCAGUUCCUUCUCUUUGCCUAACAUGCGAUCGAUUACGGGAAGAAUGUCUUGUCAUAGUAAGGGAGUACAUCAAGAGUUUCCUUGACGGUAGCACAAAUCAAACAAGUUGUAGAAUUAGUGCCAGUGGAGGUCUUUUACGGCACGUGUUUGAGGACCUAGCUGGUGUCGGUGAAGACUACAUGGCUAAUGGACCUCGACAAGUUCAUCUUAUCAGUGCCCUAGAAGAAACACCUAUUCAUUGUUUCAUUGAUGCUGUAAAUACAUGUACAUAA